AUGGACGCAGCGACGAGGGUGAUGGCUGCGCGGGCGGUGGCCGCGUCACGUCUCCUGGUGGCCGUGGGGGCUCUCGGUGCUGCCUUGCCCGGGCCCCGCAUUCCCCGGAGGCCUUCCGCCUCGCCAAGCUCGGCCGGCCUCAUGCGACGAGGGCUUUUUGUGACCGAUGACACCAUGUCUGAGCGCGGCCGAGGCAGUCGGAGAGACAGUAACGACAAUCUGUCUUCUAAAGUUUCCUUUAUGCUAAAUUCCAUGUCAGGUCCCAAUCCAGCUUCCGAGGACCGUCAUAGGUUUUCCUUUGUGUUAAAUACCUCGCUGGAAUCCAACUCAGCCUCCAACACAUUUAUCGCUCUUAAUUCGGGACCUAGUUCCUUCGACUCAGCCUCCAGACCUUCACGACAAAUCUCCAGGGAGAUGAAUUUUGUUCCCAGGUUAAAGAGAAGUUCUUUUGUGGGCACGUCCAGUGCUGAAGCCAGGGAAGAUCACAAACUGAUUCCCCACCGUGCUGCCUCUAAAAGCGCUCCUGUUUCUGACCAGAUCCAGAAACAUGUACAGGCCUUUCAUCUACCCAAGGAGCAGCUUGAACAUGUGAGGGAUUCUGUGUAUUUAGCCAUGCAGAAUGGCCUCAAGGAGAAGGCUAAAGAUGGCCGCGCUUUACCCAUGCUGCCUUCUUACGUUUGUACCUUGACUGAUGGCACUGAGACAGGGGAUUUUUUGGGUUUAGAAAUGAAGAAGGAUCAUUUGAAGAUCAUGCUCUUGCAACUAUCAGAUAAGGAUGCACCUGUGAUGAAGAAAAAGAACUUUCCAAUUACUGAGAAUAUUGUCAAUGGCAGUGGGGAGCAGCUUUUUGAAUUCUUUGCAAAAUGUGUGGCCACGUUUUUGGAUGGACUUAGCCUCAACACCAACAAUUUGCCGCUGUGCUUCUGCUUUCCCUUUCCUUGUGAACAUAACGCGCUGAACCAGUGUAAGCUGACCAGAUGGAACAAGGAUUGCCGGUGGCCAGGUGUGGAGGGGAAUGAUGUGGCACAACUGCUCCAAACAGCUCUUAACCAGACUUGCAAGAACUACAAGAUCGAUGUCAUUGCUGUAAUAGACGAUGCUGUGGGAACCUUAUUGAGCUGCCAUUCUGAGAAAGAGCCAUGUGAGGUUGGGAUGGUGAUAGAUGCUGGCACUAACUGCGGUUAUGUGGAGGAGAUGCAGCAUGUAGCAGGCUUGGAGCACGAUACUGGAUGCAUGUGUAUCAACACCGAAUGGGGCUCUUUUGGGAAGCUGGGCGAGCUGGAUGACAUAACGACAGAGUUUGACCUGCAAAUGGAUAACCUGUCCAUGGACCGAGGCAAAAACAAGUUUGAGAAGUUGAUCAGUAGCAUAUAUCUGUGUGAUACUAUCCGUGUUACUUUGGCUACUUUGGCUGAGAAAGGUGAUAUCUUCAGCGGUGUCCUGACUCCCACCCUGCUUACCAAGGGAAAAAUUGAGCUCCAAGAUGUUGUGGACAUAAUAGAUGAAAAAGUUGGCCUGGCCAAUACCAAGAACUUCCUUGUCCGUCUGGGAAUGGUGGCAAGCAACCAAGACUGUUUCAACGUGCAGCAAAUAUGCCAAGCGGUCUUUGUCCGUUCUGCCAAGCUCUGUGCUGCUGGACUGGCUGGCGUUCUUACUCACAUCCGGACCAGUCAAGGGCUGCCACAGCUGAAAAUCACCGUGGCUGUGGAUGGGAACAUGUACAAGAGCCAAUCACAGUAUGGUCAGAUCCUGCAAGAGACAUUGAAAUCACUGGCUCCUGACUGCACUGCCACCUUUGCCACAUCAGAUCAUGGCUGUGUUUUUGGGGCUGCCAGGGUGGCAGCUGCGACAGAGAGGCUCAAACACCAACAGGAAGGAGUAGCCCAGGUCCUGGCGCCUUUCCAUCUUUCUAUGUCCGACAUGGACACACUGCGGACCAUGAUGAGACAGGAAAUGGAGAAGGGUCUGUCAAAGGAGACACACAGUACAGCCACUGUCCGCAUGUUGCCCACUUACGUCCGUCAUUUGCCUGACGGCAGCGAGAGAGGGGAGUUCCUUGCACUGGAUCUGGGUGGAACCAAUUUCCGAGUGCUUAUGGUGCAGGUGAAAAGCAAAGAAGACGGUGGUGUACACAUGGUCUCUGAGUCUUACACAAUUCCACCCAAAGUGGCCCAGAGUAAUGAAAAAGAGCUCUUUGAUCACAUUGUUCAAUGCAUUUUGGAUUUCCAUAGCAAGCAUAGCAUUAUGGGACGAACACUGCCACUGGGCUUCACUUUUUCCUUUCCCUGCAAUCAGACAAGCCUGGACAAGGGCAUCUUGCUGAGAUGGACCAAGGGGUUCAGUGCCACAGGCUGUGUGGGAGAAGAUGUUGUGCAGUUGCUAAGAGAGGCUGUAGCGCGUCAAGCGGACAUUGAUAUAGAUGUGGUUGCCAUAGUGAAUGACACUGUAGGAACCAUGAUGGCAUGUGCCUAUGUGGACCCCAACUGUGAGAUUGGCCUCAUUGUCGGUACGGGUACCAAUGCCUGCUACAUGGAGGAGAUGAGGAAUGUGGGCACUGUGGAGGGGGACGAGGGCAGAAUGUGUAUCAAUAUGGAAUGGGGGGCGUUUGGAGACAAUGGCUGCCUUGAGCACUACAUAACACAGUUUGAUGAGAGAGUGGAUGCAGAAUCCAUCAAUGCUGGCCAGCAAAGGUAUGAAAAGCUCAUCAGUGGCAUGUACUUGGGCGAGAUUGUGCGCUAUAUUCUGCUGGAGCUAACAUCGCGCAAGGUCAUCUUCAGGGGUCGACAAUCAGAUGUACUCAAGACCAAAAACUUCUUCCCCACCAAAUUCCUAACAAAUGUUGAAGACACUCCUGGUCACCAUUACGUGUGUAACAUUCUGGAAGAAUAUGGGUUGAGUGUAUCUACGGAGGAUGCCUUGGUGGUAAGGGAUGUGUGCCGUGCCGUGUCAUCACGUGCUGCUAAGAUGUGUGCAGUGGGAAUAUCUGCAGUGGUGGAGAAGAUCCGAGAGAACCGCCACGCGUCAAAGCUGGAUAUAACAGUUGGCGUGGAUGGGACACUCUACAAGAUGCAUCCUUACUUUGCAGCAAAGCUUCAUAAGACGGUGGCUCUGAUAGCUCCAAACUGCAACGUCAAGUUCUUGCUGUCAGAGGAUGGUUCAGGGAAGGGGGCUGCACUGAUUGCUGCUGUGGCCUCCCAUAAAUAACCAAACCAUCCACUUGACUUGAAUAAAGAUGUCUCAGUAACCAGGACACCAAGACAUUCUCUACAAUGUCCACACCUUGACCCACAGGA